AUGGCGGAAGAGGAGGAGGAACUCGUUGCCUCGACGGAGAAAGUCGUCAGGACCCAGCUAAUAUUUCUAAACCUGCUAGAUACAUAUAGCAGCAAAAACAUCGGGAAGUACUUGUCUAACUGUAUAGUUGGGGCUUCACUUGAAGAAAUAGCAGAAGAAGAAGAAGAGGAUGUUGAAAGCAAGUCAGCUGGUGCAGACGGCUCAACAGCUAGACCAAAGGAAGGUGCAUUUCAAAUAGUAGGAACCCUUUCUGAUCCUGAAAGCAAGCCUCCAGAAUUCGCCUUGGAAACAUAUGUAAAUCUUUCACGAGAAGAGCUGCUGUUGCACCUACUGGAAUGUGAUGUUAUCAUUUAUAACAUCACAGAAGAUAUACCACAAGUUGAUGAAGCUAUGUGGGCUGUUUCUGCACUAAGUGAAGAAACAAGCCAUUUUGAAAAACGAAAAAUAUUUAUCUUACUAUCAACAAUGCUGACUUGGGCACGAUCCAAACCCCUUGACCCUGAUGAUCCUGAAAUUCCUUUUACUGAAGAAGAUUAUCGCAGGAGAAAACCUCAUCCUAAUUUUUUAGACCACAUAAAUGCUGAAAAAUUGGUACUAAAAACUGGAAAAAAUAACAAAAAAUUUGCGACCUAUGUAGUUGCUUCUGGACUAAUUUAUGGAGGAGAAGAAGGCAUCUUACAUUUAUUUUUUAAGAUGGCAUGGUUGGGUGAAGUCCCUACAUUACCAGUAUUUGGUAAUGGUGCAAAUGUAGUUCCAGCAAUUCAUGUCCUUGAUUUAGCAGGAGUCCUACAAAAUAUAGCAGACCACGUGCCAAAAGUUCACUACCUACUUGCCGUGGAUGAAGCUUCUCAUACACAAGAAGAUAUAUUAAAGUGCAUCAGUAGAAAUGUUGGCCCAGGGAAAGUUCAAAAAUUUGCAAAAGAAAAUGCAUUUUUAAGCAAAGAAUUAUCACAAGGACAGCUUGACCAUUUGUUAGUCAACUUGAGAAUGGAAGCUUUAUUUGUGAAAGAAAAUUUUAACAUUAGGUGGGUUGCCCAAGCAGGAUUUGUGGAAAGUAUAGCGAUUAUCCUCAAAGAAUACAAGCAAAGUAGAGGAUUAUUGCCCAUUAAGAUUUGUAUUCUUGGUCCUCCUGCUGUGGGGAAGUCAUCUAUUGCAGAAGAAAUAUGCAAGCACUACAAAUUACACCAUAUUAAAAUAAAGGAUGUGAUCACUGACGCUAUAGCAAGGCUGGAGCUUCUUGUUGCACCAAAAGAAGAACCAGAAGUAGAAGGAGAAGAAGACAAUGAUAAUGAUGAAGAAGAAGAAGAAAACUUAGAGGAGAUUCAAGAACUCUUAGAUGCAGUCAAAGAAAGCAUGGAGCAGAAUGGAGGUCGCUUGGAUGAUCAAUAUGUAAUUAGAUUCAUGAAAGAAAAACUAAAGUCUAUGCCAUGCAAAAACCAAGGUUACGUUUUAGAUGGAUUCCCAAAGACCUAUGAUCAAGCAAAAGACUUAUUUAAUCAAGAAGAAGAGGAAGAAGAAGAAGAAUCUAGAGGCAAAAUUCCUCCAUUUGAUAAGUUAACUAUCCCUGAAUUUGUUUUUGCUUUGGAUGCACCUGAUGAAUUCUUGAAAGACAGAGUAAUGAAUCUUCCUGAGGCCACUGUAGUUGGAACCCACUAUGUCCAAGAUAGAUUCUUGAGAUCUCUUAGUAAUUAUCGUGAUAUAAAUACUGAAGAUGAGACUGUUUACAAUUAUUUUGAUGAACUCGAAAUCCAUCCACAUCACAUUGAUGUAGGAAAAUUUGAACAUCUUGAGAAUAAACUUGCCAUUGGACAGAUUAUGAAAGAUGUUGGAAAGCCUCGAAACUAUGGCUUAACAGAUGAAGAAAAAGCAGAAGAAGAACGUAAAGCUGCAGAGGAACGCCUAGCAAAGGAGGCUGCAGAGGAAGCAGAGCGUGAGCAUAGGGAGGCUGUGGAAACCGCAGAAAAGAUAGCUCGAUGGGAAGAGUGGAAUAAACGACUAGAGGAAGUAAAAAGAGAAGAAAGAGAAUUACUUGAGGCACAGUCUGUUCCACUUAGAAACUAUUUAAUGACAAAUGUGAUGCCAACACUCAUGCGAGGACUGAAUGAGUGUUGUAAGGUCAGACCAGAUGAUCCUGUCGAUUUUCUGGCAGAGUAUCUCUUCAGGAACAACCCUGAAAUGGAAUGA